AUGGACUAUGAGCUGGACCUGGGAGAAUCGACAUUUUUAUCAAUGUUCAGGUUCCGCCCGACGCCGUUUGAAGCGCUGCAGUAUUAUUUGGUCCCUAAGCUGAGAGGUGAAGCAUUGCCUUCGGACUACAUUAAAGAUCUCGAUGUGUACAAGUACGAUCCCGAACAAAUUCCGCUCGAUGAGUACAAGGACAAAGGAGAUGAUGACAGGGCAUACUUUUUCGUACCCCUCACUGAAGAAAUCUUACGAGGGAAGGACAAUGCGACAAGAACAACUCCAAAUGGAUACUGGAAAAUUUCCGAAGGGAAUGUUCCACUCUAUGGACCGGACGGAAAAAUUAUCGGGCUCAUGAACAAGCUAGAGUUUUACUGUGGAAAGGAUCCCAAUGGAGUUAUUACGGAUUGGAAGAUGACCGAGUAUAUGAACCAUCUCUGUGUUUGCGGCCGCAAUGCGGCACCUUUAAUGAUUUGCAAAAUGAGGCUCAAGGCUCGCUGGGUGGUUGUGGACGACGAAAUGUCCGAGGAAGAAACGUCAUCUGAAGAAGAAGAAGGCAACAACAAUUCAAAGUAA